AUGACUGCUGACAAUUACACAGGUUCUUGCCCGCCAGCAACGGAUGCAACUUCUGUCCGUCGCAUUCGAAAGCGUCCUUUGUCGCGACUGGUAUCACAAGACAAACUCGGCAGCGCUGAUUCAAUCAUGUUUCCUGAGAGUCCAAGAUGUGUUGAUGGGAUGGCUCGUCGCGUUUCACAAAUCACAGAGGAUGAGCCCAUGGCUUAUUGCACCUCCGUUGAAAGACCAUUGAAUAACCCUGCUCUGCUUGAAACUCACAUUACUUCACUGAGAUUAGAAGCUGACUUGUAUCCCAUGAGAUUGAUUCUUGCCAGGUUGAUCUCCCACCCGCAACACAACAAGAAAGGCCUAUUCAACAAUCCUGUAGAUGCCGAAGCCCUUGGGCUUGUUGAUUAUAACAAAAUCAUCGCUGAGCCAAUGGAUCUCGGAACAGUGAAACGCAGACUUCAUGGCCUGUCCUAUAAGUCCAGAAGCGAGGUGGCUCGAGAAAUUCGAUUGGUCUUCACAAACGCUAUGACGUACAACCCGCCUCCCAAUAUAGUACACAAAUGUGCCAAGGAGCUCUUGGCUCAAUUCGAUGAGUAUUAUUUGGGUUUGCCAGCAUGCGUUGUAGGCAAAGUGGUCGAAAACCAUAAGCCGACCAGUCAACCACCAAGUGUGCCCCCAUCAGCUCCUCUCAAGAGACGAAGAUCCAGUAGCAUGUCUUUGGCAUUCAUGGGGCCGCACUCUUGCGAUUCUUGCGUGGGAAAGAUUUGUCCACUGUGCAAACAAGGGUGUCUUAAACAAGAGCCGACGUUACUUGUCUGCCAAGGCAGGCACUGCGGAGGGGCAAAGAUUCGAAAGGGUUCAAUAUAUUAUCUUACUCCGGACGGCUGUCGGCAGUACUGUGAGCGAUGCUUCACAAGCCUCCCUCCUGUUUUAUCGCAGCCUUCCGCGAGCGAUUCUCCUCUGUACAAGCAAUCACUCUUGAAGCGGAAGAACAAUGAGGAGAUUGUUGAAGACUGGGUCGAUUGCAUAACAUGUGGCGUUUCAGUUCACAUCGUUUGUGCAAUGCAUAACUCCUCCGCUGAUUCACCCAAGUCCUUCACUUGCCCAACCUGUCGUGUACCCGAUGAAUCGUGCUCGAAGGAUAAGUCAUCAAGUGGAGGUAGAUUACAAGAUGCUUACACAUUCGUCAGUGGAUCAGAGAUGCCAGUCCCCCUCUCAGAUGUUGCAAGUGGAAAAGUGGAACUUUCCUCUGAAUCUCUGCAAGAAUGUGCAAUUUCUUCGUUCAUCCAAGAGAAAGUCCGUGACUGUGUCCAAGGAAUACCAAAUGCAGGCAAGACUGUGAAUAUUCGAAUUAUAUCCGACACUGAUCGACAUUUCAAGGUUCCCGAAGUCAUCCGAAAGCACUUUCGCAUGGUGACAGAAGCAGAUGAAGUCGUGGCACCACCUGUCAAUGUAUCCUAUCGGCAAAAAGCCAUUACAAUGUUUCAGAAAAUUGAUGGUUUGGAUGUGUGUGUCUUCUGCAUGUAUGUACAAGAAUAUGAUGGGAACGAUGAAUAUGACUCUGACGUGGGGGGUAAAGUCAAGGCCGGUCAUGCGAAGAGAGUCUAUAUUGCGUACAUUGAUUCUGUGGAAUACUUUCGACCUCGUGAAUGCAGAACACAAGUCUACCAAGAAAUCCUUGUGUCUUACCUUGCGACUGCUCGCAAGCGUGGAUACGAAACUGCCCAAAUUUGGGCUUGCCCACCGUCCCGCGGCAAUUCGUUUGUAUUUUGGAAUCAUCCAGCUUCGCAAAGGACACCGACUUUGGAACGCCUUGUAUCCUGGUACCACAAUGCGUUGGGUCAAUCGGUGGAUUGUGGAGUUGUUACCGAUGUAAAGAGUCUCUAUGAAACUGACUUCGAGGAAAUGUUGAUGAAAGGCGGCAAUAGGACACCGUGUGGCCGUGUUUUGUGCCCGCCCCUCUUCGAAGGCGACUACUGGAUUGAAGAAGCUGUUCGUCUUCACGACGCCAGCAUCUCUAGAAACAUGAAGAUACGAUCACCCACUGAAGUCUGCGUCUGGCAUGUUACGCCAUUGAAAGCAGAAGAGUUGGACCCAUGCCCGUCCAUUCAAAUGGCCACGCUUGUCAAGGAUCGAGUCAUGACGCACCCAUCAUCAGUUCCAUUUCGAAGACCAGUCAAUGCUGCCGCGCUGAAACUCGUCAAAUAUCAUGAUGUUGUGAAAGAGCCCAUGGACCUUGGUACCAUCUAUUCGCGAUGUGUUGUUGGCGAAUAUCGAGUUCUCAGUGAAGUUGUCCAAGAUGUCCGUCUAAUGGUGACCAAUGCCAUGAAAUUCAACCCUGCUGGGCACUUUGUUUGCGUCAAAGCGUCGGAAGUGCUUGAUCUAUUUUUCCAAGAGCUCUCGUCCCUUGUGAAGAUAUGGAGUGCCAUAGACGACACUGACGCUCGAUCCUGGGAAUCAUACGCGAACAUGAGCAUGAGCCUCGAUGUGGUGCUGGAAAUGCCUCAGCAUCAAAACCCCAAGAAUUCGAGCAUCUUGAUCGAAGACGAUCGCUCGUCCGAUGGAUCACGAUCAACAGUGUCAACGUCCUCAGCGCAAUCAUCUUCUCCCAGUACGACAGAGCAGGCCGCAGUCUCAAUGAAAAAUCCUGGUACUCCUGCCCUUCCUCCUCCUGCGAAAAUCGUCCCUCCCAAAAGAGGCCGUGGAAGGAAGCCACUUCCGAGUAAGAAAUGUGAACUCUUGGAAGAUAGUUCCGAGGCAAUCAAGCAGAGGAUGGUUGGUACUGAUCUUUGGCUUGUUCACAAAAACGUUCCGACACCACCAAAACGGGCGGGAGGCAAGAAGUCACGCAAGAGGCGUCGCAACUCGAUUGACUCCGCAGAAGAUGAUACGCUCCCCAAGAAGCGACAGCAAUCGUGGCUUGGAGAAGAUGUCGCUGAGUCUGUCCGUACUCGCAGAACCACCCUUUUCACAUGCUCCCUUGUUCCAAAGGCAACAAUGACUGAAAAAGAGGCCAAAAAGCUUCAAGCCUUUGAAGAAUACACUCGUUCGUUCAACACGGAACAAGAAACGCUUCCCAAGAAAUCUUCUCCUAUUGCAGAAUCACGACAUGCAUUCCUCGAGCUUUCCCAACUCCGUCGGUUGGAAUUUAAUACUCUCAGGAGAGCAAAAUAUAGCACUGCCAUGUUGAUUUACCACAUCAAAAAUGAAGAUGCUUCUGGUAUUGUUCCAGUUUGUACAUCUUGCAACAAGCACAUUGAGAACGUGAUGUGGCACAAAGUGAAGGUAGGUACAGAGAGACCAAUUGGUACCAAGGUCAUUCGCGCAACUCAGCCAACGAAGAGCAAAUGGGUUGCGGGGGAGCUCUGUGUUGAAUGCCAUCGACAAGGAACUGAAGCAGAACAGGAAGAAUACAUUCCCAUCCCUGUUUCUCUAAAGGUGAAAUAA